CGUCGCCCGCGAACCUUUGCUCCGCUUCCUCGUGAACAAAACAAUCGCCACCACCUUCCAUCGCGACCUUGUUUCGCUCGCAUUAUCAGCAGUAGACAAGGCUGCUGCGGCUGCUGCUGCUGCUGAUGAUGAUGAUGACGACUCAGCAACAGCUUGUGCUGCUGCUGAUGGUUGUUAGCAGUGCCGGCGUCAUCACGCGCACUUCUGCAACAUUUUUGCUUGAAAAUGCGUUCGGCAAAAGUGCCGCUGCCGAUGACAAAUUGGACUCACCCGUCCGACCUCACGCUCAAAACGGGAGCGCCAAUUAUUCCAAUUUUUUCACGGCCCCAUCGUGGAGAUUCCUUGAGGCGUCGGGUUCAGCCGGAGUUCUGAUCAGCGGCGGCGGCGGCGGCUCUGAUGGGGAACCCGGAGCGGACGCGACCCUACGUAGGGUCAGGAGGGGGUUCAUCUUCCCCGGCACCAUGUGGUGCGGUGCGGGCAACAACGCCAACAGUUACGAUGACCUAGGUGAACUUGCCGAGACCGACCGCUGCUGCCGUGAUCAUGACCACUGCCCGCAGCUGAUCGGCGCCUUUGAGUACAAGUACAGCUAUCGCAACUACCGCUGGCACACCAUCCUGCACUGCGACUGCGACGCCAGUUUUAAACAAUGUCUUCGCGACUGCAACAACACAGCAUCCAGGAACGUGGGGCAGGCUUACUUCAACAUCAUAGGCAUGCCGUGUUUCACCUUUCACUACGAGCAGCGGUGCACAGAGAGGAUGUGGUGGGGGAAGUGCUUGAAGUAUGAGGAGCUACCUGUGGCAUCCGUGCAAAAUCAGAAACCUUUUGACUAUGAAGGAAUUGAGGUCAGCGGUGAGGUUGAGAACAACGUUGACCCCACGGAUGGAGACACAGCGCCAAUGAGUGCCCAGCCACUGGACGUUACAACCACGACCGAACAUAACCACCGGUUGCCCGCUACGACCGGCACGACUUCACCUCCCAAAACCACGGAGCCAGAGAUCCCUCAGCCCAGUGUCACGAUUAAAGGCGGCGCAUGCAAGAACAAGCAAAGGCACGGGAAAAAUAACCGAAAGCAUGGCAGAAAAUCCAUGAGAGGUUUUGGCAACCGUGAUGACAACUUUGUUCAUCAUUUGGAAACAAAUGAGGUGCGGGUGAAUUCUACCCUUCGGCAGUACACCGGGUCUAAGCGGCGAGGAGGCGGCGGCGGCAAACGCAGAGGCCAGCAGAGGAAGCAUCUUGGCAGGAAGAAGGGCAUCGGGAAACAUCUAAAGUUCGAGCCGUCGAUUAUUAAGGGGUUGAGCGUAAGAGGCCAAUACGGUGCUGUUAAUGCCGGAGCAGUGUCUUUGCAUGCAGAUGUAUUUGAAGAAAUGUCAAACAGUAUUUCUUUACCGACGGUUCAACCGAAACGCUUAAAUAGGUUGCGUACAAGGGGCAGAAGGAAUGGCAGAAGGAAGGCGGCUCGAAAAACUGGAUCGCUGCUAAAACUUAUUGCUUGGGUUAGCUCUGCGUUUUCGGGUUGUGCUGCGUGUUGUUCGCCAUGAGGUCCGGCGUUUGCUUCACGUGCUGGGAGUGGAACUGAAUAGAUUCCCGUAGGACAAAUCAAAAACAGUUGGACAACACGCGGUCAACAACCUGCACUUGCGGCAGUAGUUUUAUUGCUUGGGUUACCUGUUGCGAUAUAAACCAAUCACGACGCUAAAAUACAUUGAGCUUAACGUAUCGUUAUUGCUGCCAGUUUCAAACCGAGUCGAUGUGAUUUCUAUAUUUACUUUGUGGUGCCUUCCUGGCAAAGAUCUGUGCUAUCCAAGGCGCCGUUCCAUUGAACGCAGCAGCAACAACAACAAAAACCGGCAAAAAAAAUAUUUUUUAAUAUAAGUAUAAAAAUCCUGAAGGGGGGGGGGGGGGAAUGUGAGCAUGUUAAAGAUUAUUAAGUCACUUAAAAUAAUCACCCACAAAUCACCACCGUUCCCACACAAGAAACGUGGUUCGAAGUUAAACACGUCCCAUUGUGACGCGAUCAGCCAUCGACGCUGUCCAUGUCACGUGGAGCACGUGUACAACACGCACGUGCUGAGAUCUCUAGAUCUUCAUUGGAAUUCGUUCUUAACGUAGACGACUUGAAAUGCUUCGAGCCUCAACCGAGGACAUUUUUAACAAUCGUCGGGCGUGCAAGCGUGAAACAGCAUAGAUUUGUGCUUUGAAUUGGGGCGAGGGGGGGGGGGAGUACAUUGUUAAACGCGGAAAAGCGUCGCGUGCUGGGUCGCGAGAAAUUGAGUUUGGGAACUCCUGGUCGAGUGGAAUGCGAAGGCUUUUUUUGGUUGUAUCGACAAGAGUCGUGCUAAAGUAGAGGCGUUUACCUUGCCCCUUCUCUUGUUUGGUGGUUGUUUGUGAUGAGUUAAAGUUUUUGCCGCACGCUUUUAGUUUUACAAAAUUAAUUGCAAGCCAUGUUUUGGUAGUAUUUAGAGCCGAUAUUAUUGUAUGACUAAUCCGUGGAUCCUGGUGUGAUAGGGAGGUUUGUCGUCUGCAUAGAGGUGAUUGUUGCAAUCCAAGGGCAGUUAUUUGAGUUUUAUCAAAAAGUUAAUCGACAGUGGUCAUGUGGUAGAGCCCCUGAAGAUCUCUAGAGGAAAUGUUCAAAAUGGGGUGAUGUGUGGUUGUUAAAUGUGAGUGUAGCGGUGUGAAGUUUUUUUUACGUAAUUUGUCAACCCUCUGAGAACUUUGUGAUGUAAAAGUCCUUGAGUACGGUGCCAAUCUGCCGUUAUGUGGUGACGGAGGAUGAUAGCAGUGGGUGUGGCAUUAUCCAUAUUUCUAAGUGCUUCGUUUCACGCAUCAUGGCUGUUCUCUGUGCAAAAGUUCGUGCGAAACAAUCGUGGUUUCAAUGUAGAAGGUUUGUUCCUAUUGAUGUGAUGGGGAAAGAUGUGAGAAAACAAUUUCUCCAGUAUUUUUUAAAUGGAGGGUAAAUUAGAUUACAAGUUUGUAGCUAUUUGGGUCAUUGAUGUCAAGUGCAGUUUUUUUAUCGCAGUGGUAUGCUUUAAACGUGCUUGGAAUCUUAGUAGGUGGGUAAUGAAAUAUUCACCAAGUGUGCGUUUGCUGGGGUGAGUGUCGUGUAAGGAAGGUUGAGUAGGUGUUGGGAUCUGUGGGUUUAUCCUGAUUGAUGUUGUUUACUGUGCUUCGUAUGAUAUUGGAGCAAAAUGCUGAAGUGUCGCUCAGCCAGUUUAGCAGCGGAUUGGUAAGUUUUUCCUCGGGUUAUAGGAGUUGUGAUUUGAAUUUCUGAUAUUGUCUGUUUUGUUUUCAAGAAGGAUAAGAAUUCUAUCUUGAUUGGAAGCUUUCAUAGAAUAAGAAUUCUGUGAUUUGUUAUGAUACUGUUUUGAGUAAUUGAUGGGUUUUGGCUGAAAAUAAUGUAAAAAAGUAUUUUUGUAAAGUGUGUUUUGUCGUUGUUUGCGUCUGAUUUAAUUGUCCAUCUCGAAUUCCAGUUUGGUUUGGCAUUAGUGUUUUUGUUGUAGAAUGAGAGUGCUGAAUGACGGUUUACUUUGUCACUUGGCAAUUAGGGGAUAUCCUCCAACAACACUCCAAUUUGCAACAUUGUUGUUUGAAUUUGAGUUCCGGGUUUACCAUCUAUUUGUGUAUUUUGUUUGUGCAUGUAUGUUGAACUUCCUUUGCACCGUACGUAACCAAUCGUGCUAAUUGGAGGUGCGGGGGAAGGACAACCAACUAAACACAAAAAUAAGUUAUGAAGAAAUUAGCUUUCAAUAUAGUUAAACGUGCAUAGCUCCAGUUGCUUCCUAAUAUCGGAAGGAAGAGCGUUCCAGACGGCCGCAGAAGCGGACCUCAAAGCGCGCGAUGCUUGUGUAUGAUUGUAGCAAUUUGUAUCUUUUUUCGAUGUGCGAGAGGUAUGAGUUUAUUGUUGUGCUUUAGGUGAGAUCAAUUGGUCGGUUGUGCAUUAGGUUGCGUGCGUUCGCUUCGCAGUGAUGUGGUGGCAUAUUUUCGUGCAAAGACUUGGCUCAGCGGUCUCGAUGCGAGCCCCAUCGGCGUUCUCCGUGAGUCCACGGGAAGCGCUUGACGUUGGAGCGCCAUCGGGCGCCCUCCUGCUUGCUGACACGGCGGACGUCGCGACGGAUCAGUGGCCAAAACACGGCAGGCUGUGGGCUGGGGACUGGGGAACGGCGCCCACAGCGCCAUGGGCGACUGGCAGCAAUGGAGACGCGCACGUGGCGCACGGCAGUGCCCCCAUCGGGACCACGUGAAUGGAAGUCCAUGCGGGAGCGGCAGUGCGGAAUGUCGCCCGCGGUGCUGUUUGCUGCCCUUCUCCAACCAUAUAAACUGUUGUCGGCUCCGUCUACUUGUGUUCUUGUUUCUGUGGGGGGUUUUCCCCCCACCCCAUCCGCACAAGUGAUGGUGUCUCCCUUUUGCAACGAUUUUCUUCUCGCUGGCCCCUUUUACCACCCAGCACAGUAGUGGUCACUCGCCAUUGUCAUAUCGCACGGGUUGUACUUUAUUUGUGAUUUAAAUGCGUCCAAUGCAAAGGCAAAUUAACUUGGAUUGCAGCUGCCAAGCAUGGGAAAACUGCUUGCUUCGGAUGAAUUAGCGCUUCAUUAAAGCUCCUGUGGUCCUUUUAAAAAUGAUGAUGCUCUUGUGGUAAAGUUGCUCGGUUCAUUUCAUAUUUAUAUACGGUAGUCUUGUAAAUUAGCAGAUUUUUGUGUAUGUAAUUGUUUUUCAUGUGUUCAUUUUCCCAAGUGGAUUGUCAAGUGGUGUAUUAAAGUGUUUAUUUAUUUUGAGUCCUUGAAUAAAUGACUCGAAUACAAAAACAUCGGUAAAUUUCCAAUGCUGCAUUUACAUGUUUAAAAUCGAAUGUCUCGCAUGUAGAUUUGUAAUGUUUUUUAAGGCAUAAAAUACUGCAAUGUUUAUACCUAUUUUAAUGAACGGUUUUCUGAAAGUGCAUUGUAAUGUUAAGAUGGCGAAAAUUGCUACUGCG